CAUCAUUCCUCUCACCACUGCCCGCCCCCUUUCUAGCAGACAGGGUCUACGUACAGCGAUGGCCAGCGUCCAUCCAAGCCGUGCAGGCCUGGUGCCCUCCUCUUCGUCGCCAGAGCCCAGGUCGAGGCGAAACAACGAAGGGUCGGGCGAUCAUGCGGCGGCGGACAGAGAGGCUGAGCUGCGACAGCGGCUUCAUCGCUCCCGAGGCGGCCGCGAGGGAGCCAGCAGCGAGCACGACGCACGGGCACCACCGCCGCCCCACUUUUCGCGCGCCCCGCCUUCGCAGUACCCGGACGGACACGGCUAUGGACGGGGACCACCCCCACCAGGCCCACCGCCGGGCUACUACAACCGUCCGCCUCCGCCGGGCUUUGGCUACGACGAAGGUCCACCCCCGCCAGGCGCCUGGGGUCCUCGGCGCGGCGGCAGCGGCCCUGGUGGAGGUGGUCCAAUGCCGCCUCGUGACUGGACAGACAGGGGCGGAGACCAAGGAGGAAGCUUCUUCUCGAACAGGGAUGCUCAGCGAAAGGCUGCGACUUAUGUUGUCUGGCCCGAGAGUCCGCGGUCGCCGUAUGUGUCUGAGGCUGAGGAGGAAGAAAGGCGGCGCCGCAAGAAGCGCGAGAAGAAGGAACGACGGCGGAGAGAAGAGGAGGAGGACGAAGAGGAAAGGCGCAGGAGGCGACGACGACAUCGAGACGAGGAGAGCAAGAGAAGAAAGUACAGCGACGGGGAAAAGAGCGACGUCGACAGCGAGGAAGAGGAACGGAGGAGACGAAGGAAGCGGAAAGAGAAGGAAAGGGAGAAGGAAAGCCGCCAUCGUCGGCAUAGGCAUCGGCUCGGCUCGGCCACUGUGAGCGAAGACGACGAGGAAGAAUCCGAGAGGCGCCAGCGCCGGCGAAAGCACAGCACACGCUCCGCCUCGCCCGUUGCAAGGCCAUCCGAGGGUGCUGCCAGCGACGACAAGGAGCCCAAAUCGGCUGCAGCGCAAGAGGAGAGAGAGCUCUCGACGACUACGACGGCGGCGGAACAGAAGGCACACCAAAGGGCAAUGGCACGCAUUGGCCCCCAGCUCCCACCCGAGCUCUCUUCGUCUGCAUCUCCUACCUCUGCUGCAGCUGGUGCCUCCAACGCGCACGUCGAUGCCCGCGAGUACGGCCGUGCGCUGCGGCCUGGCGAGGGAACGGCCAUGGCGUCGUAUGUCCAAGAGGGCAAGCGCAUUCCACGCCGAGGUGAAAUUGGCCUCGACUCGGAGCGGAUUGAGGCCUUUGAAAACGUCGGCUACGUCAUGUCGGGCUCGAGGCACCAGCGCAUGAAUGCGGUGCGGAUGCGCAAGGAGAACCAGAUCAUCUCGGCAGAAGAACAGAGGAGCAUCCUCAAGAUGCGCGCAGAGGAAAAGGCCAAGAAGGAGCAGGAGAUUGUCGAGCAAUUCCGGGACAUGGUCGAGUCCAUGGGCGACGGUCCGGGGGGUAGCUCCCAGAAGCGAUAGUUUGUCACUGCUUCGCCCAUUACCAGACCCAGAUCAUGACUGUUCUCAUCACACAGAGAUAUUAACAAUAAG